AUGGGUCGAAUGAAUAAAUUUUGCAAUUGCAUUCCUAUGAGAACAGGUGUUAUAAUUAUAGCAAUUCUUUGCUUAGCUGUAGGAAUAAUUUGCGGCAUCCCAUUUAUCCUAAAUCUUCACCUUCGUAUAAACGAUAGCCAUUAUAUUCUUCAACCAUUGGAUUAUAUUGCUUUAGUUAUAAUUUCCCUAAUGAUUCUAGUAUCAUGCUUUGGACUUAUUAUCGUCUGUUGUGCGGAAUCUGCACGACUCUUGAAAGUCUAUUCAUGGCUUUUUUUUUUUAUCGUAUUCCUUACUUAUGUGUGUGCCGUUUAUAUGACCAUUGUUAUUGCUUCAAGUAGCUACUUGAAACAUUCUUGGCCUUAUAUAAUUGUUAUUUUUAUCUGUGUUUUUAUCGGGACUUAUUUUGCUAAAGUUAUUUCCGAUUAUGCUUCAUCUGUUAAUGCCAAGCAAAAUAAUGCUCAAACACCUGGGAGAAUGGAAGAUUCUAAUGUAACAAAUAGUCAA